AUGUGUGGAAUCUUCGGUUACAUUAACUACCUGGUGGAGAAGGACCGCAAAUUCAUCGUUGACACCUUGCUCAAUGGACUCUCCAGAUUGGAGUACCGUGGAUACGACUCGGCUGGUAUGGCCGUGGAUGGCAACAAGAAGAAUGAAGUAUUUGCAUUCAAGGAAGUUGGCAAGGUUGCCAAACUCAAGGAACUCAUUGAGCAGAGCGCUACCGACAUGACCAAGACCUUCGAGUCCCACGCCGGUAUCUCUCACACUCGUUGGGCCACCCACGGAACCCCUCCCCCGUCAGAAUUGCCACCCUCACCGAAUUCCACUGACUCAAUUCUGAUUCAUAGCUCCGAUCCCCUCUGGGAGUUCUCCGUGGUUCACAAUGGUAUCAUCACCAAUUAUAAAGAAUUGAAGGCUUUGUUGGAGACCAAGGGUUUCCGAUUCGAGACCGAGACCGACACCGAGUGCAUUGCCAAGCUUGCCAAGUACCUCUACGAUCAACACCCCGAUAUUGAGUUCACAGUUCUGGCCAAGGCCGUCAUCAAGGAGCUCGAGGGUGCGUUUGGUCUGCUGAUGAAGUCUGUCCACUACCCCCACGAAGUCAUUGCUGCCCGCAAGGGUUCCCCCUUGGUCAUCGGCGUCAAGACCUCGAAGAAGAUGAAGGUCGAUUUUGUCGAUGUUGAAUAUUCUGAAGACGGUGUCCUUUCUGCGGAGCAGGCCUCCCAGAAUGUGGCUGCCAAGAAGUCCGCCACAAGCCUCCUUGCUCCCCCUGACAAGUCGCUGUUGCACCGCUCCCAGUCCCGGGCAUUCCUGUCCGACGAUGGUAUUCCCCAGCCUGCCGAGUUCUUCUUGUCUUCUGAUCCAUCCGCCAUUGUGGAGCACACCAAGAAGGUUCUCUACCUGGAGGAUGAUGAUAUCGCCCACAUCCACGAGGGUCAGCUCAACAUCCACCGUCUGACCAAGGACGAUGGCACGUCCAAUGUCCGUGCCAUCCAGACCAUUGAGCUCGAGCUGCAGGAGAUCAUGAAGGGCAAGUUCGACCACUUCAUGCAGAAGGAGAUCUUCGAGCAGCCGGAAUCUGUCGUCAACACCAUGAGAGGCCGUCUGGAUGUGGCUAACAAGCGGGUCACCCUGGGUGGUCUGCGUCAAUAUAUCUCAACCAUCCGUCGCUGCCGUCGUAUCAUCUUCAUUGCCUGUGGUACCAGUUAUCACUCAUGCAUGGCUGUGCGUGGUAUCUUCGAGGAGUUGACUGAGAUCCCCAUUGCAGUCGAACUUGCCUCCGAUUUCCUUGACCGACAGGCCCCCGUAUUCCGUGAUGACACCUGUGUCUUUGUCUCUCAGUCAGGAGAGACCGCUGAUUCCCUGAUGGCCCUUCGCUACUGCCUCGAGCGUGGCGCCCUGACUGUCGGUGUUGUCAACGUUGUUGGAUCUUCCAUUUCUCUCCUCACUCACUGUGGUGUGCACAUCAACGCUGGCCCUGAGAUCGGUGUCGCCUCAACCAAGGCUUACACCUCUCAGUUUGUAGCCAUGGUUAUGUUUGCUCUGUCCCUCAGUGAAGACCGCGCUUCCAAGCAGAAGAGACGCGAAGAGAUAAUGGAGGGUCUUGGCCAGAUCUCUGAGCAGUUCAAGCAGAUCUUGAAGCUCAACGAUCCCAUCAAGGACCUGUGCGCCAAGUUCUUCAAGAACCAGAAGAGCUUGCUCCUGCUUGGUCGUGGUGCUCAGUUCCCCACUGCUCUCGAGGGUGCCUUGAAGAUCAAGGAGAUCUCUUACCUUCAUUGCGAGGCUGUUAUGUCCGGUGAACUGAAGCACGGUGUUUUGGCUCUUGUUGACGAGAACCUUCCCAUCAUCAUGAUCCUCACCCGUGACAGCCUCUUCACCAAGUCACUGAAUGCCUACCAGCAGGUCAUUGCCCGCGGUGGCCGUCCUAUUGUGAUCUGCAACCACGACGAUCCCGAGUUCUCAUCCGCGUUAACCGAAAAGAUUGACGUUCCCAAGACUGUUGACUGUCUUCAGGGUUUGCUCAAUGUCAUUCCCUUGCAGCUCAUCUCCUAUUGGCUUGCGGUUGGCGAGGGACUGAAUGUUGACUUCCCUCGUAACUUGGCCAAGUCGGUCACAGUCGAGUAA